ACAAAAUCUGUGGUCCUAACAAUAUUGGUUUAUUUUUGUUGUAUGACUUGCUAUUGCAGCUAACUUUUACGUUUUAAUUACAUACAGUUAUCGUAAAGCCUUCAAAAUUGAGACCUAUAUUACAAUGGAGAACGUCCCAGAUGUGCCUAUAGUGCAGCAUUUAAAUCUAUUACAUCCUAUGCCUCCUCUGCAGGAAUCGAUGCUUCAGCCCCUUAACAAUGUACAGAUUCAUCAAAAUCCACCGGAACCGCCUCCUGCAGCACCGGACGAACAGCUGCAGCCGAAGGUAAAAAACGAGAAAAAGAAAAAGGAGGCUAUCGACGGCCAAGCUCGUGAAAUAAUAUUUAAGGUGAUUAAGUUCUUCGAGAGUGAAAAACAAAACAGAGGAUAUGCUUUUCCCGUAGAAAAUGUAGUCAAGCGAGCCUGUGCAGCCACCGGCCUGUCGGAGAGUACAAUUAAACGAAUAAAACGAGAGGGACUGCGAGCGGAAGCGACACAAACGAAAAUGACCGGGCCUAAAAAGAAACGAGUGAGGAAAACGAAGGUGCAGCUCGAUUACUACCAGCUGUGUGCCCUCCGCGGCAUCGUCAAUAGCUACUCCAUGCGGAAAGAGAUCCCUACGUUAGGUAAAAUAUUGACGGCCGCCAAACACGAACUCAACUAUAGAGGAGGUAAGGAAUCUCUAAGACUGAUACUGUUAAACAAGCUAGGUAUCAAAUUCAAAAAGUGUGAGAAGAAAAAUAAGAAGCCUCCAGAAGUAAAUCCACCCCCGAUACAGCCCAUGUCUAAUGUUAUGGUUCAUCAGCAGAUGGCUCCGAUGAAAGCCGAGAACCACUGUAUAUACACAAAUAUGAUGCCGCAAGUUCCACCAGUGUCCUACUAGUAUAAGUUUGUUAUAAAGCUUGGUAAUAAUUGUACUGGGAGUCGUGAGAAAAGUUUAGUAAAGAUUUUUAUGAACAAGGGUUAAAUAGAUAUGAAAGGUUCAAAUGGAGGAGACUCGAGUAAGCAGAGCAAUUUCUCUAGUUUUGAAAAUGUGAUCUAAUUGUUCCAAGUUUUUCAAAUGCAGCGAGGUUCAUCAUGGUUACUAAACAUUAGCUAAGUGUGAAUAAUGUCAUAUAAUGUAAAUAAAAGUAUUUGUAAGUUACAAUAUGAAGAUCAUAUUUAACAUAGUAAAUGAAUGCCUAAUUGCUGGAAUUGUGUGAGCAUAAAAAAUAUAUGAAAGUAGACAUUUUUCUAUUUUAAUGAAAUUUGAAACAUUUUCAUUUCAAUAUAUUUUAUUCUUCAGCUUUGUGUAAUGUGUACGAAAUGGAAUUUAUCUGUGUAAAACUAUAAUGUUCCUUAUAAUAUUCAAUCAAUGCUGGUCAUUUCAUAUUAUGUUUAAUUUUAAUUAUUUUAUUAGUAAUA